AUGUGGAACGAGGAAAAGACGCGGUUACAAUCCUUCAGAAACUAUCCACAAUACGCUGGUCAACACCCUGCUGUCUUAGCUUUAAAUGGCUUUGUGUACUGUGGGAGAGGUAUCGAAGAUACCGUCCUGUGCAGCUUUUGCAGAUUUAAAAAGAGAGACUGGAAAGCCGAAGAUGAUGUGACGGUCGUUCAUAGAACGCUGUCUCCGAAUUGCCCGAUGGCAACGGGGCUUCGUUGCGACAACGUUCCGUUUUCCGUCCACUCAGAAGCAACCUACAGGGAUAAUGUCAGUGGUGGCAACGGCGGUGUACUGAUCCAAGGACGUCGCGCGUCGCAGGACAGGUCCGAAGACGUUGCCCUAGAUCCAGCCACCGGGGCGAGACGUUCAGGUUCACAAGCAGCUAGUGUCUCUCAGGCUGAACGCGCCCCGUCGAGAGGCUCGACGCCUCGGUCUUUCACGAAUCAAGGUGAGGGUCAAGAUGAAAACCCACCAAUGGAUCUCCAGCAGAACAGUCAUAGGGUGUUACCAUCAUUCCCAUCAAGAAUGGAAUCUUUUAUAGACACGAG